AAUAUAUUGCUUUGACUGUGAUGUCGGUGCUCUACAUGGAGAAACUAAGCCGUGUUUUCGAGCGUUAUCAGGAGUAUGUGAGGACAAGCCCGGCAGCCGCGUCUCAUCUGGAGAGCACAGUGCGCGCGCUUAGUUACCUGAUCGCAGGCCGCUUCUCAGACUCUCAUGAAAUCUCAGAGCUGGUCUACUCCGCGUCUAACCUGCUAGUGCUGCUGAAUGAUGGUAUCUUGAGGAAGAAUCUGUCUCGGACUUUGCCUAUGUCUAUUUCUCAACAGAAGCUGUUAACCUGGUUGUCAGUGCUGGAGUAUGUGGAGGUUUUCGUUGAGAUGGCAGCCGCCAAGAUGUGGGGGGAUGCUGGACGCUGGCUUGUUAUUGUUCUUAUUCAGAUUGCCAAAGCAGUUCUGCGCUGCCUGCUGCUCUUCUGGUACAAAUCAGGCAUCCAGACUUCACCACCUAUAAUUCCUCUGGACAGGGAUUCUCAGCUCUGUAGUCAAGACAACAAUGAAGAAGAAGAUGAUGAAGACAGUUCUUUUGUGGGCCAGCGUUCAGGAAGAGUGGUCCGGCCACUGGGAAGUGCACCAUCAUUACAGUCUCGUCUCUGGGGUCUCCCUCGGAAAAAGAAAGUAAGCAGGAAUCAGGAAGAGGAGCUUUACUCCAGCCCGACUCCUCUGGGUCUGCAGGAAACCAUCGCAGAAUCCCUGUACAUCGCAAGACCGCUUCUGCACCUGGCCAGUCUUGGGAUUUGCGGAAAACGUUCCUGGAAACCAUGGAUCCUCUCUGGUCUCUUAGAGAUAACCAGUUUUAGUUUGCUGAGUGACAUGAAGGCGCUGAACCGAAGAGAGCGUGCUGAAAUGAGGAGACGGGCCUUCCUUUUGCUCUACUACCUGCUCCGCUCCCCUUUCUAUGACCGAUACUCUGAGACAAAGAUCCUCUUCCUCCUCCGCUUUUUGGCAGAUUACGUUCCCGGAGUUGGUUUGGUGGCGCGUCCUCUGAUGGAGUACUUGCCCAUUUGGCAGAAGAUCUACUUUUACAACUGGGGCUGACGUCGAAGUGAAUUUUUCACAGGUCAACGGCGCCAAAAAAAUGUUAGUUUAAGGAAAGCCUUUUCGGGGAUACUACAGCUACAAGAGGACUCGAAUCACAACUGUGCCAGAACAUCUCCACGAUUAUUGAGUAACAGAAAAUCUGGAUAAUUUUCCGAUUGCUGCUUUUCUCUUUAAGCUUUCCUGUAAUUUUAUGCAUCUGAGCCACAAUUUCUUGCGCAUAUUAUAAACACCUGGUAUUAAAUGGCUUGGCCAAACUUCAAGUUAUAUAUCCCUCAAUAUGAAUGCCUUCAUUUUAAUUUAGAUGUACAUUUGCAGGGAAUAGUUUUUUUAAACUAUAAUAAUUGACUGA